GCAAUGCUCUCUAUGACCAACAUGAGGUUCAUCCUCCUGCCAUGUCUUUGGGAACCCCAUAAUCAGAGCUGUCCAUGUUGCAAUUCACCAAAUCUUGGAUGGGAGGGGUAUGCAUCGUUCCACUGAUUACUGCAGAAGCCGAGGCCUGCAGAGUUGCAGCACCCAAUUCCCAUCCAAGCACGAUGCCGGUGCACUACAUGACCUACAAAGGCAUUAAAUUCCCUCCUGCCUACAACUCCAUGCACAGCUUGAGUUUUGCCCACAACGAGUUCCUGGUGCGGGACGACGACGUCUUCAACAUCACCUACCCUAAAUCUGGCACCGUGUGGAUGACUGAGAUCCUGAGCCUCAUUCGCAGCCAUGGCCACCCCAGCUGGAACCAAAGUGUCCUCAAUUCUGACCGCAUGCCUUGGUUCUCAACCCGCCUGGGUCUGGAGGCAGCCCUCAGCUACCCCUCACCUCGCCUGCUGACCUGCCACCUCCCCAGGCACAUCUUCCCCAAGUCUUUCUCCCAUUCCACUGCCAAGGUUAUCUACACCCUACGGGAUCCUCGAGAUGUUGUUGUCUCCUACUUCUACUUCUGCCAGAUGUGCAACAGCUAUGAGGACCCCGUGUCCUUUGAGCAGUUCUUGAUGGACUUUCUCAGUGGAGAGUGUAAGUGUGGUUCAGUGUCUCCAGAGUCGGAGGAACUCCGCCUGGUCAGUGACCAUGGCCGCUGUGCUGGGCGAGUGGAGGUGCUCCACAAUGGGAUAUGGGGGACGGUGUGUGGUGACAACUGGGAUGCCCAUGAUGGCCAGGUUGUGUGCCGGCAGCUAAGCUGUGGAACAUUGCUGUCGGUCUCACGAGGGGCUCGGCACGGAGAAGGAACAGGACCGAUCUGGUUGGAUGAUGUCAACUGCACAGGGACAGAAGCUGCCCUUUCCGAAUGCCAGGCCAGGCCGUGGGGACAUCACAAUUGUGUCCACAUGGAGGAUGCCAGCGUGGAGUGCUCAGAAUCCCACAUCUCCAAGAUCGGUCGGCUCCAGCUGCUCGAUGGUCCCAGCCGCUGCGCGGGAAGAGUGGAGGUGCUCCAUGACCAAAGAUGGGGCACCAUCUGUGAUGAUGGCUGGGAUCUGGCUGAUGCUAAUGUGGUGUGCCGGCAACUGGGCUGCGGAACAGCAGUGCUGGCCACUAAAGCGGCUCACUAUGGGAGAGGCCAAGACACCAUCUGGUUGGAUGAGGUGAACUGCACUGGUACGGAGGAAUCCAUCUUUGACUGCGAGGCAAGUGCAUGGGGAGUCAACAACUGCUACCAUGGAGAGGAUGCUGGAGUGCUAUGUUCAGAUUCAGGGGUUUCUAUUUCAAUGGAGCUUCGCCUGGUCAACGGUUCAACUCGCUGCAAUGGCAGGGUUGAGGUCUUUCACAACGACACCUGGGCAGCUUUGUGUGACGACGGCUGGGGGAUGUCUGAGGCUCAAGUGGUGUGUAGGCAGCUGGGCUGUGGUGAAGCACUGUUGGCUCCUGUUGGGUCUCAUUUUGGCCAAGGAUCUGGACAGAUGUGGCCAGGCACCAUAAACUGCACAGGCUCAGAAAGUGCCCUCUUUACAUGCAAGACAAGACAAUGGAGCAACAGCACAUGUCAUCUUCGGACAUCAGCUGGUGUGGUGUGUUCAGAGGGUGACCAGAUCCGGCUGGUGAAUUACAGGAGCCGCUGUGCCGGCAGGGUCGAGAUCUUACACAACAAGCAGUGGGGAACUGUGUGUGACAAAAACUGGGAUUUGCUGGAUGCCAAUGUGGUGUGCAGGCAGCUGGGCUGUGGGAGAGCGCUGUCAGCCACUGGACAGGCUCAGUUUGGCCAAGGGUCCGGAAUCGUGUGGCUGGAUGGGGUGAAUUGCACAGGGUUUGAGUACUCACUAUCUGCCUGCUUGGCCAAGCCAUGGGGAAUCACUAAUUGUGACCACUGGGCAGAUGCUGGCGUGGUAUGCUCAGACUCGAUCAUCCCAGAGCCUGCUCAUCUCCGACUGGUGAAUGGCUCACAUCACUGUGCUGGCCAAGUUGAAGUGUUUCACGAGGAGAUGUGGGGAGCUGUGUGUGAUCACGGCUGGGAUAAAAAAGAUGCUGAGGUUGUGUGCCGGCAGCUGGGCUGCGGGACAGCGCUGUCAGCCUCAGGUGAAGCACACUUGGAUGCUGGAUCUCUGCGCGUGUGGUUGGACAAUGUGAGCUGCGAGGGAACAGAACUAUCUCUUACGAAAUGCAGAGCGAGCCCAUGGGGAAAGAGCAGCUGCAGCCGUGGAAAGCAUGCUAGUGUUGUGUGCUCAGGCUCGGUUGUUUCCAGUUUUGCCCCAGUUCGACUGGUGGACGGCCCAGGUCGCUGUGCUGGGAGACUGGAAGUGUUUCACAAAGAGCAAUGGGGAACGGUGUGUGAUGACAGCUGGGAGUUCACAGAUGCUGCAGUGGUGUGCCGGCAGCUGGACUGUGGGGCAGUAAUAUCAACUCCACCGAGGGCUUACUUUGGGCAAGGACAGGGACCCAUGUGGCUGGAUGACGUCAACUGCACAGGGACAGAAGCUGCCCUCUCUGAAUGCAAGUUCAAGGGAUGGGGUAUCCACAACUGUUAUCACCAUGAAGUUGUCAGUGUGGUGUGCUCAGGUAAACAUUGCCCAUCACACAGCAGCAAGCAUUCCUGAGGCUUGAAUUGGUGAUUCCAUGUGGUUAUAAGGGCCUGUGAUUCAAGAACAAUUUGCAGCCAGUAUGGAGACCUUUGAAAUCAAUCCCUCAUCAUUCACCUUUGGAUGGAGGACAGCACCUAUAUUCAGAUAAAGCACAAGAAAAUCAAAUGGCUAUAGCCCAUCUGUACUGGCAUCUCCACAAUGAGAUCUCUGGCAUGCUUUUGACUGAUGUUAUUUAGCACAAAUCCUGGCAGCUUCUCAUCAGUCAAAUAACCUAAACUAUGUUGAAUUUUAGUCCAAUCAAGCCACCUCUAAACAAGACUUGGGCAUCAACUCCU